AUGAAAACUCCAAAUACAAGCAGAACUUUAACAGAACAGCAGGGCAGCAGAUCAGAGCCAACGACAUUUGUUUCCGCUGUUCCAGGAGUGGACACUGGGCCAGAGAUUGCCAGACAGACAUCAGCUCAAAGCAGCAGCAAUAGCCAAAAGUUGAGUAUAAAUCACAAAUGCACUUGUAGUCAAAAUAGUAUGGGAAUCAAAAAUGUAAAAGGGAAAUUGGAUGACAUAGACGCAGUAAACGUCAGUGAAGUAUGGCAGGAGGUAGAGGCAAUUGGAAGAGACAAUGUAAAUCUUAAACAUCUAACAGAUGAACUGCCUAGUUUUGUGUUGAAGUCAAGAGAGCCAAAGACUGUAAAAAAUUAUGAGUAUAACUUUUCAAAAUUCCAUGAUUGGUGUAACGAAAGUAGUUUAUGUAGUCUACCAGCUAACCCAGUGCACGUUGCACUACAUUUAUUGAGUGUUACUCAGAAUGUCAGUUCAAUUUCAUCAGUAUUAUCUGCCGUGUACGCCAUAAACUGGAAGCAUGAGAUAUCUUGUUUGGAAUCUCCUGGCAACCACAAAUUGGUAAAGCUUGUAAUAGAAAGUGCUAAAAGGUCACUUGGAACUAAAGUAACAAAAAAGUCUCCAGUCACAGUUGAAAUGAUUAAGAAUAUUGUUUCCAAGAUGGCUCAUUCUUCUGCAAGUGUAAAGGAGCUCAGAACGGUCGCUUUUGUUGUGCUUGGUUUUGCAGAUAAACCUGCAAACAUCAAGAUAAAAAACAUGUCUCAGGCACGAAGGCAAGAAACAGAAAGAUUGGUGGCGAAACUUCGCAACUCCAACCAUGACAAAUUCCGCACACUUUGCAAGAUGCAUUUGUCAUUCGUUUUGGAUACCAAUGGAGAACCAUUAGAUGAUUUCUUGGGAGAAUCAAGUGAAAACAGACUUAAGAAACCUUCAAAAUCCAUGAAAAAGAAAAGCUCUAACACACCUGUCAAAGGAGCCGCACUCUUAGACCAAGACUCUAUUAGCAAAGUUGUGAAACUUAUCGAGUUUCUCAAAAAACCAGAAAAUUUAAAACAAGAAGGACUCUUCAGGAAAACUGGACAUAUUGGACGGCAGCGUAAAUUGAAGGAAAACUUGCUGAGCAGAACAGCAUUGGACCUAGAUUCGGGACAUUAUAAUGCCCAUGAUUGUGCCAGUGUAUUGAAGAGUUUUCUUGGAGAUCUACCAGAACCAUUGCUAACUGAGAACCAUUAUGCUGCCUACUGCCAGAUCCCAGACAUAGUAAAGAUGUCUGCUGAUAAAGGAGUAUCAGAUGAACAACAUGCAGCUAAUGUACGGGUACAGCUGUUGAAACAACGGAAGGCAACACAGCUGUUAUUACUGCUGUUACCACGCUACAACAGCUCCUUACUUGAGUGUCUCCUACAGCUGCUACAUAAAGUCUCACAGGUCCCCGAGAACCUCAUGACGGCAGAAUCUUUAGGAACAUUGUUUGCACCUCACAUAAUUAUGCCAAGAUCAAUGACAGCUUGUAAUCUAGCCGCUGCCUCCAAUACAAUUACACGAGUCAUGGCAUACUUGAUAGAAAAUGCUCUCACCCUGUUUAAGAUUCCAAAGGAGCUAGCCGUGGAUGUAUCUAACUACUGGAGUUCUGCUGAUGACCUCCCCGAUGGCCCCUCCCCCACCCCCAAGCCACGUGCAUGUAGGGUAAGAGGAUGUUUGUCCCCCUGUGUUCAGAAGCGCCAUCUGGAGGAAGAACCUGAGUUGGUUACUGUGGUAACAUCAGUAAACAGAAAGCAAUCUGCUGAAUUGCAAGCAGAGACUGAUACUGAAGUAGAACUUGCCAAACUAUACGCCCAUAUACAAUCUCUACCAGAUAACAAGCAAACCAGAAAACUUUUAAAAAAGUUCAACAAAGCAAACCACCAUGGGACUACCACUCCAGGCCAGCAGUCUAAUAAGCACAAGAGAAGUCGAUCCUUAGGAAAUCAGAUCAAGCAAAAGUUCAGUAGGAAACACCAACGUGGCCGCACAGGGUCAGACAGUUCCCCAAUCACAGCUUCAGUCAACACCACAUCUAGGUCUGAUAUUGGCACGAGGUCAUACAUUACAGCAAGGCCAGAUAUUACAUCUAGAUUUGGCACACCACAGAGUCCAGAUUGCCAAAAUAGCACAGACUACUCGUUACAUUACACACCCCCAACCAAACAAAUCUUCCUGGACCAUGGAGUUGAAUGGACUCCAUCCAGUCCAGUCCAUAUAGUGGAGAUGACCAGCAAGCCUCCAGUCUCAAGUAGGUCAAGCCGGGUGACUGGCAGGCCUCCUGUCUACAGACAGAACUGUCAACCCUCCUCUACAGCCACAACGCAGAUGUACACUGAGAAACCGCUUACAUCGGGUGACCGACAGGCAUCUAUAGAUAGUGGGAUUGAUGUAUGUCACACUGUAAUGUCAGCAGAUUGUGGCACCAGCCCACCAGCUUAUCUAAGUGGGACACAGUCCAAUGAUCAGGAUACUGGAGCUGUACUGAGGGAGCGGGUCUCCAGAAUCAAACCAUACGCCAAGGUCCACCCUCGUUACAUGCUCGUUACAUCUUUAACCUGUGAACCAGCAAGCUUACUGACUCAGGAGGCUUUUAAUCAAAAACAAGUGACCACGCCAAGAUCUCGGAAACCCAUGUCAAUCGUGCAAUCUCCCUCAGAGUCACCUGUGGUGCAAUUCAAGAGACGCAUUAAACAUACACGAUUUUAGAUUUCAAGAACCGUGAUACUUCAGUAUUGGAUACAAGAGUAUUGGAUGAUACACAAAGGAAAUAAAACUAGGAGUAUAGGAUAGUGUAGGAUAAACUACAUUAUUAGAAGAAUUAAUCAAAGAUAACAGGACUUCUAUAUUUGAAUCUACAUUGUUGAAGCUCGGAGCUCCAAAAUUGUACAUAUUAUGCAAUAAAAUAGAUGUACUAUAAAACACAACCAUAACAUGCACACACAUUUAACAUAAUUGUACAAAUAAUCAUUUGGACAUUGGGUCCAUUUUUGGUAUGAUCAUUCCAAGAAAACCAUUUUCAUAAGAAGCAGGGAACAUGCAAUUCUCAAUUUUUGGGGAAGAUAUUUAAGCUACAGUUUCCAUGAUUCAAUUUAUUUAAUACAUGUACCUGUUAAUUUCAUUAUUUUGCCUGUUGUCAUUUUUUAGAAUGAAUCCACUGAGCUUCGUAGGUUUGAGACUACAUUAUUCAUGUGUUCGUUUAUAAGAAGUGUUUAUGUUCAAGAGGUGUUCACAUUAGACUAAGUGGUGUUUACAUUUGAGAAGUGAGGUGUUCACAUGUUAGUAAAAACACACAGGCUUUUGUAAUUUGGAUUGAAUAACUUUUAUCCAAAAAGUCAUAAAACAAUACAAUCAACACGUAUACUGCUGUUUAAAGUAAGAUUAAGAAUCAGAAUUCACAUUAAUUAAAUGGAAUUUGAUGAAAUCAUAUUAAAUUUUAGGAUAACAAAUCUAUUGCAUAUUCAUAUUUGACAUACAAUCAAAUAUGAUCUAUGUUUGUCAUAGAAAAAUAAAAUGCUGGCGUAGAUCUAUUGUAUAUGUCAUACAUUUUUAUUUCCAUAACAAAUAUAGAUCAUAUUUGAUGGUGUAUGUCAAAUAAAGGCCACAUAUAUUAUACAAAUGAAGGUCAUUUAUGACAAAUGUAGGUCAAAUAUUGUAUAUGAGAUGGCGAAUGUAGGUCAAAUAUUGUACAUGAGAUGAGGAAUGUAGGUCAAAUAUUGUACAUGAGAUGAGGAAUGUAGGUCAAAUAUAUUACAU